UUGAUUUAUCUCCCAUGGUAUUAGGUACCUUGCAAAACAUAAAAAUCUUCUGGAAAGUCAGCCAACCUCAGGCUGUUGAAAUCUUAGACAUAUUCACGGCUACAGAGGUUGAGUACCAAAGUGAGGAUUUAAUAUUGAGGCGAGUACGAGCCCUAAAUCCCGGAAAGGUAAUAAAGUUGCCACCAACCAGUUUAAAGCUAAUUGCACUUCAUCUGGUUGCGACAAAUAUAAGGGAUUCCACUUAGCAGCUCCGUGCCGCAAGGUUCAGCUUAAAUCCAUUAAAAACGGUGCGCUCUUUAAGCUGGACGGUCAAAGCAAUGGUAUAGUAAACGUGACUCCAGAUGGGCGUUUGCAAACAAAACACUUUCUAGGCCGUAA